CCCAUGCUGUAGAUCAAGCCAAGCCAAACUACUGGAUCAGUCAUCCAGUUCAUAGCAAAGGACUGCAGGCUGUCCACUUUGUUUUCCUCUGCUACAUUUGACAACCCCAUGUGUGGUGACAUCCUGUUAAACCUUGAAUAUGAGUGGAGAGCUGGAAUUUGGUGGUUCCUAUUUUCCACUUCUGAACUUGAACCCUCCCCCCACAAGCCGUGCUGCUUCUGCUUGUCUUUCCAUCUGCUCUAGUUGCAGUAGCUCAGUAUCUUGGACACAGGCCUGCCUAGCACUCUGCAAUUUGUUUUUUUUUUUUUUUAGUUUAUUUAAAACAUUUGUAUGCUGUCCAGUUGUGCCACAGCACCUCUGCUGAUUUAGUCAAGUCGUGAGGGUGCUCUUAGGCCUUUUAAUACUGAACAUAAAUGGCAAAUGCUUACAGGAUUGGAGUCAAAGUGAGUCUGCUGAGAAACCCCAAAGUUUGCAAAAGCGUGGUUUCUUCCCAACCCCCUAAGAGCUGCGUGUAGGCAGCAUUUCCAGUAUUUGUGGAAUGUCAGGAAAAUGGAAUGGCUGGCUACAAUCCUGAGCAGAAUCACGCAUCGGAAGAGGGAGGAUACAUGGCAGCGUUUUAUUGUAAAUCCCAGUUUUUCUUUACUAAAAUGACGUGUGGAGCCCUGACUCAGUGAGGUUGUGUGAAAUAUCAUGUAUGGCACACAUACUUGAUCAGGGGGCCAUAGCAGGAGGCUGCAAUGUGGCCUGCAUGUGGAUGAUCUCAGGGUGCCUCCGGCAUUCUUGAGAAGACUCUGUGGUCCAGCACACUCCUGUCUUGUACAGAGGUAAGUGACAGAUUGAUUGAACACUGCACUACUAUGCACACUUCCUCUUCUCUUCAGUACGAUGCUGUUCCAAUCCAGCCCAGCGUGGUUUUAUGUUCCUGCCCAUCUCCAUCCAUGGUGAGGAACCAGGCAGACUCCAGCUCUUCACCUGUUUCAGCCACGUUUGGCAGCAGGCAGGGACUGAACAUGGAAAGCACCACAGCUGCAUCAAGGGCAAAUGCAAACUCUUUACCACAACCUCCUCAACCUCGAAAGAAACGCCCUGAGGACUUUCAGUUUGGGAAGAUUCUGGGUGAAGGAUCUUUCUCAACCGUCGUCUUGGCCAGAGAAUUGACUACCUCCAGAGAGUAUGCCAUUAAAAUUCUGGAGAAGCGUCACAUCAUAAAGGAGAACAAGGUGCCCUAUGUGUCACGAGAGAGAGAUGUCAUUUCCCGCCUGGAUCAUCCCUUCUUUGUUAAACUCUACUUCACAUUUCAGGAUGAUGAAAAGCUCUAUUUUGGCCUUAGCUAUGCCAAAAACGGAGAGCUUCUAAAAUACAUUCGCAAGAUUGGCUCAUUUGAUGAGACAUGCACGAGGUUUUAUACUGCUGAAAUUGUGGCUGCAUUAGAAUACUUGCACGGAAAGGGAAUUAUUCACAGGGACCUUAAGCCAGAGAACAUCUUGCUAAAUGGAGACAUGCACAUUCAGAUUACAGACUUUGGGACAGCAAAAAUAUUGUCUGCAGAUACCAAUCAAGCACGGGCAAAUUCCUUUGUUGGAACAGCACAGUAUGUAUCUCCAGAGCUGUUAACGGAGAAGUCUGCCUGCAAAAGUUCUGAUCUCUGGGCUCUUGGCUGCAUCAUAUACCAGCUUGUAGCGGGGUUACCACCAUUCAGAGCUGGAAAUGAAUAUCUUAUUUUUCAAAAGAUAAUCAGAUUGGAGUAUGAAUUCCCCGAGAAGUUCUUUCCUAAGGCAAAAGAUCUUGUAGAAAAGCUUUUGGUUUUAGAUGCUACCAAGCGGUUAGGCUGUGAAGAAAUGGGAGGGUAUCAACCCUUGAAGGCUCAUUCAUUUUUUGAUUCCAUUACCUGGGAGAAUCUGCAUCAUCAAACUCCACCCAAGCUCACAGCAUAUUUGCCUGCCAUGUCAGAAGAUGAUGAGGAUUGCUAUGGAAAUUAUGACAAUCUCCUGAGUCAGUUUGUCUGCAUGCAAGUUUCCGGCUCGGCCUCUUCUCAGUCGCUGUCUUCCCCAGAGACGUGUCCCCUGCAGACCUCAGGCAACAACAUAGAGCAAUAUAUCCAUGACCUUGACAAUAAUUCCUUUGAGUUGGAUCUCCAGUUCUCUGAAGAGGAGAAAAGGUUGCUAUUGGCAAAACAGGCUAGUGGAAAUCCUUGGCACCAGUUUGUAGAAAAUAAUUUAAUACUGAAAAUGGGGCCAGUGGACAAGAGGAAGGGUCUAUUCGCUCGCCGGCGCCAGUUGUUGCUCACUGAAGGGCCACAUCUGUACUACGUGGACCCGAUCAACAAGGUUCUGAAAGGGGAGAUUCCAUGGUCACCGGACCUCCGGCCAGAAGCAAAGAACUUCAAGACCUUUUUUGUUCACACACCCCACAGGACAUACUACCUGAUGGACCCGAGUGGGAACGCUCAUAAGUGGUGCAAAAAGAUACAAGAGGUUUGGCGACACAGAUACCCCCAGAACUCUGCGAAAUGAGGCUGCCCCUAAAUGCCCCGUCUCACUCCUUGCUGCUAGAGCGCCACGUGCUCCCAGCCAGAGGACUUCCUAGCCCAGCUAAACAUCCAUCUCCAGGGCCAAAACUAGUUCCUUUUCUAAGGAAAUGCCCAACCAAUGGAAUUCAGGGUUGCUUUGCUUGCUUUUGUGCUUCUGUUGAGGCUUUCACACACACAUGCACAUAUUCUUUGCUGCCGUGAGUUACUACCUUGGCUUCUGCUGCAGUCUAGUGGACUUUGCAUCGCUGGCUUUGCUGUAGAUCAGUUAAGCAAAGCCAAUCUAAUCCACUUGCACAGCCCAGAUCAUGGGGGGCUGUAUUAUUACUGUGACUUUCCAAUUUAUCAUGCAACUGUUUUGUCAGGGAGCUCUGAAAGGUUUCCAUGUGAAGUUGCCAUUGUUGCUGCUGCCACUGCGUGCGUGCCUUCCGUCCUUCCGUCCUUCCGUCCUUCCUUCCUUCCUUCCUUCCUUCCUUCCUUCCUUCCUUCCUUCCAGUUGGUUUGUUGGUGUCCAGCACUUGUAACUGCUGCGGACAUACGCCCAUGCAAAACUCUCCAGGUCAUGUCCAGUUGCAGGAUUCUCCAUGGAUGGUACUUUCUUUUAAUCACAUCUUGCAGAUACACUCCGGCACAGUGGUAAGAGGGGAAAACGUUAAACAUGUCACUUGAAAGUCUGGCCAUUCUAAUUUCAUAAAAUUUUAAACAUGGAAUUUUAAUUGACACAUUUACAUGUUUAACUAAGGAGCAUUAAGGUUACCAGCAUGCUUUUAACCAAGACUAACUAAGAGGUUAACUAGUUAGUACAAACUAUAUUGAUGUAAUAAAUAGACUCUUCAUUUUUUCAGAAGAGGGAGCGAGCAGAUUUCUUUCAAGGGUCUGGCAUGGGCAGAACAUUGUAGGGGGCUGGCCUAUUUGUGGGGAGAGAAGGCCACGUGAGGGAAAUGCUGUUGUACAAAUGAUGACUUGAUUUGUGUCUCUUUGUAUAAUGAGGUGUACAAAUAUUCCUGUAUUGUUCAUUGCCCAAGCGUCGUACCUUUUAGCAACUUUGAAAAUAUUUUUCAUGAUUUAAUUAUAUUUAAGACCCUCCACUAAUCAGACUAAUUGUUGUGUUCAUGUAAAAAUGUUGAUACAAAGGAGGGGGAAAAUGUAUGGUACUUGAGUCAUAUCUAUCAAAUGUUUCAUAUCGUUCUUUUGUCUUUUUCCAAUUAAACUGUCAUGGUCAAACA